AUGAAAUUUAUCUUCUGUUUGAGUGUCCUUGCUGGGAUAUUUUCCCCCGCUCACUCAUCUGUGCAGAAAGAAGACCAUGCCCCCUAUUUGGUAUACCUCAAGUCUCACUUCAAUCCCUGUGUGGGUGUCCUCAUCAAAAGCAACUGGGUGCUGGCCCCUGCUCACUGCUACCUACCGAACCUGAGAGUGAUGCUGGGAAAUCUCAGGAACAGAAUCAGAGAUGGGACAGAGCAGAUAAUUGACCCUAUCCAGAUUGUCCGCUACUGGAACUACAGUCAUAGUUCCCCCCAGGAUGACCUCAUGCUCAUUAGGCUGGCUAAGCACGCCAACCUCAACCACAAAGUCCAGCCCAUUCCCCUCGCCACCAGCACCGUCAAGCCAGGCACCGUCUGUACGCUUUCAGGCUUGGACUGGAGCCAAGACAACAGUGGCAGACACCCUGAUUUAAGGCAGAAUCUGGAGGCCCCCAUGAUGUCUGAUGCAGACUGCCAGAAAACCGAACAAGGAAAAAGCCACAGAAACUCCAUAUGUGUUAAAUUUGUGAAAGUGUUCAGUCGAAUUUUUGGGGAGGUGGCCGUUGCUACUGUCAUCUGCAAAGGCAAGCUACAGGGGAUCGAGGUCGGACACUUCAUGGGAGGGGAUGUGGGCAUCUACACCAAUGUUCAGAAAUAUAUCACCUGGAUUGAGAACGUCACUAAAGACAAAUAA